AUGGAGACCGACGCUCCAUCAACAUUCAGCGCAAAGCCACCUCCACUAACUUCAGACCAGCUGAACUAUCUUAUAUGGAGAUAUCUUCAAGAGUCAGGCUACGCCGAGGCCGCGGUCAAGCUUCAACGCGAUUGGAAUGUCGAGGCAGAGAGCCUCCCAUUUGCGAAAUGCGUCAAAGGCCACGCCCUGGUUUCUCUGGUGCAAAAGGGUCUCCGCUAUCACCACUUAUCGCUGACGAUUGAUGAGAAUGGCCGGCCCUCGAAACAGCUCGACCCAUCCAUGUUCUUCUUUGGUCCCGAGAGCGAGAAACCUCCGCGAGAACUGCCCGAGGAAGUCGUUCUUUCAGCACCUUCACCAAAUGGAUCUGUCGCUGAGCCCCGAAGACAGCCUCGGGAUGGCAUUGCGAACGGUCUUCACGAAGCCCUGGCCGCACAGCCGGCCCCCAAACGAGGCCGCAAAACAGCACCCAGUUCGGAACGCAAUGGAAGCGUUGCGCGCAAACCUUCAACAUCUGCCAAUCGACACAGCCAUGUCUCCGCGAUGGAUGUGGAUAUGCUGAACGGCCACCUCGUCCCCCUUACCGAUGCGAGGUCACCAUCUGCCACCGAACCCGGAGCCGACGAAAAGGGUCUACUUAUUAAUGGUGUGAAGGCUGAUGAGCGCAUGGAUAUUGACGAAGGAUCACCAGCCGCAGAUCACCCCAACCACGAACCACAUAUUGAGCUUGUUCUACCCUCCACUCAUACGCUAGCUACGGGGCAAAGCAUCGGUAUCCAAGUUGCUCCUGCCAAAGUGGCAAACCUUUCUGCAUCCACCACCAUUCUUCAAAUACCUCCCACUACCGGCCAUGAGACAUCCAAGCCCGUUACGCGCGUUGCCUGGCGGCCCGGAGACGACAAACUGCUAACAGCCAUCGGCGACGACUAUUGUGGCUUCUGGAAUGUCGCCGAUCAAGCUUCAGAUACCAGUGGCCCAGCUCACUUUCAAGAGCUUCUAGAGUCAGGAGAAGGGAGGCUGGUAAGUGCAAUGGCCUGGGAGCCGAAUGGGGAAUUGCUUGCGGUGGCAACAUAUAGCGAUCACUCAACGCAGAUCCACUUAUUUGACGGACAAGAACUUUCUAUGCUGGAGGCGUUACCAGCCUCGCAAAGGGCGAUUACGUCGCUACUGUGGCACUGUCAAGGCUCACGUUUGCUCGGCAUCGCUCCCUACGACUCCGACACUACUGACCCUUCCCAACCCAGUGGUUCUUCUAUACUACUCUGGGACCUGUCCAAAUUGGACGGCCUUGCCGAACCUUCCACGGUGCUUGUCCCUGAGAUUCUGGUUGACGUGGAUGGCGCAUUUUUUGGCGGAGAUGGCGUUGUCUGCGCCGCUGGGCAGAACGCUGUCUACUAUUGCCGAGCUUUUACAGAUAUUGGAGUUGAGCAGAAGUGGACUUCUGACCCCGAUGAUGCCGACCAAUGGACAUUUAUCAGAUGCGCCUGGCACGGAGAAACGGACGCCAUGUUGGUUGUCGCGUCAGCCGAAACUGGGACAUUGUGGAUGCCCGCUCAGAACAUUGUCAAGAGAGGGGCACAUGAUACACCUAUCACGGGUCUAGAACUUCGACCUCGCGUAUCUGGUACAUUGAAUUCUUCGUGGAGGCAAGAGUUUGCCACUUCUUCCAUGGAUGGGACUAUCAAAGUCUGGAAAUGCGACGGAGAAACCACGUCCAUCAUUUCAAUAUGCAAACUCAUUAUUGGGCACGGCUCGCCUGUCAUGGCGCUGUCAUAUUCUCCCGAUGGUUUCUGUUUAGCCGGAGCUAGCUACGAUGUCGCUCGCAUCUGGAACGCCGAGCAUGGCCACAACCUGAUGGCAACUUGGAAAGACGAACAAAAUAUGUGGAAAGGCUCAAAAUUGAAGGAUGAUGACAUGAUGAGUAUGGGCGGCAUAUCGAGUGUUAAUGGCGAUACGAUUCAAACGAGUUCUGAGCACACUUUGGUAUGGGAUGGCCAGAGUAAAAGGCUCGCCUUUGGCCUUGGAUCUCAGGUCGCUCUCAUUGAGUUCCAGCGGUGA